UAAAAACAAUUGUAGUUAUGGGGUCCGGAUUUCCAAGUUUCUUUUUUGGAAGCCCUUUAGCAGACUCCACAAUAACGCGUAACAUUGUGGAAUGGAACUUCUGACAAGUUUUAUGGUCUAACGGAGGAUCUGGCAGUAGGGUUGCAGGACGUGUCCCCGCAGCCACAUCAUUUGCAGCCAGAGAUGGAAUCACUCCGAUGAUGGCGUCUAAACAGGCAAAGGACUCCAUUGUCAGUAAGCUGGGAAUGAAACUGGGUGGCUCUAAGUCUGAGAUGGAACUUGAUAAACUAAGGAAGGAAAAUGCGCACCUGAAAAGAACCAUAGAUGAACUUUCUAACCGAAAUGGAAAGCUAACAGAUUCGGAGAAGAGCAAGCUUUUAGAGCUCGUUUUCUUUUUAUCGUUCUUGAAGAGGAUUCUGUCACUUGAGACACUGCAGCAGCAGAAUAUGACGCAGCUCCUGGCCAAAGAGCAGGAGGUGGCCUCGCUGAGGCAGCAGCCACCUGCCGCCGGCCGCGCGGCCGAAGCCUCCGUGCGGGCUCAGCUGGAACAGAAGAGCCGGGAAGCGGAGAAGUGGGAGAAACUGUACCAGGGUCUUUCUGAGGAGACGGAAAACCUGAAGAACAAGUGGAUUGCGGUUCAUGCCAGGUGUCAGCAACUCGAAAGCGCGGCGGCAGCUAACGGGGACCUGGGCUCACAGUGCUCCAGUGCCGAAGGGCAGGUUGUUUCCAGUGACGUGGCGGUCGUCCAGGAGCACCUGAGGGAUGCCCUGGAGAAGAACCAGCAGUGGCUGGUUUACGACCAGCAGCGAGAGACCUACGUCAAGGCGGUGCUGGCCAGAGCGUUUGAGCUUGAGCAGCAGUUAAAGCAAGCCAACCAUACACUCCAGGAGCAAAACAAAGAGGGCGAUUCAGGAGACGUCAAGCUGGCCCAAAAGCAGGAAUACUAUGACAAGCUUCUGCUGACGGCCAAAAAAGAUGUAGAGGCCCAGAAGGAGCAGGUGGUCCAGGCACAGGGGGAGCUGGCCAACCUGAGGGCAAGGCUGGAGGACAAGAGGAGGGAGGCAGCCGAGACAGCGGAGCAGCUCCGUGCGGAGCGUGCCCGUGCCCAGGGGGGCGCCGAUGAGGCCCGGCAGCGUGCCGAGCAGAGAGCGGACACGCUGAAGGCCGAGCUGGAGAACGUGCGGGCCAGACUGGAAGAGGAGAAGCAAAGGUCUUUGGGGCUGAUCUGUCAGGUGAACGUGCUUCAGAAAUCUCUCCUCAGCCAGCACGAGGAGCAGAAAAGGAUCGCAUUGUUGGAGCAGCAGAUCCAGGCGUCUACCAGGGAUGUUGAAAACGAGAAGCUGGACCGCCAGACUUUACAGAAACAGCUGCACAAGGUGCUGAAGGAGCUUCGCAAAGCAAGGGACCAGAUAUCGAGACUGGAGUCCGCCCAGCAGGGGGGCUCCCACUUUCCAGACCUGGAGUUCGAGAAGCUCUCCAUGGAGGAUGCGACACAGACCCGUUCAUCCGUCUCCAGGAUCCCAAACCUCCUGGACGAGAGUUUCCUCGAGUGUCCAAAGUGUCGUGCGCAGUAUCCGACCAGCCACCACCGCGAGCUGCUUGCGCACAUUGACUACUGCUUCACUUAAUCUGAUCGCUGUGAUUAGCUGGCACUGUUUUCCUUUAUUUAAUCUUUUAUUCUUAAGCAUGUUUUGUAUUGGCGUUAUGAUGUGGCUGACUACUGUUUAUUCAAGUGUUUCCUAGAAGGUCUUCAUCUUGCCCGAUUUAGCACGCCGAGCGUCGCUUUGCACUGCUGUGGGGGCCUUCUGUUUCAGGGGGCGCGUGUGCUUAUUCGUGGGGAGGUGUAAGUGUUGAGCUCGUUAGCACUCCUUGCUAUAUUUAUUGAGGCAAAGCUUUCCAAGAAUGACAUUUUAUAUAAAGGUGUAUCUUUUAAUUUAUGGGAAUAAUCCAUAUAUAUAUAUAUAUAUAAAAGGCUAAUUUAAGGAUUGCAUUCCAAUAAACUGUCCAGUCGACAGUUUAACCCUGCUUCCUCAUGUCUCAGGAAGUGGCGUAUUUGAUGUUGCUUUGAAUGAUUCAAGUUUUCAUAACUUUGGACUUUUUAAAAUGACCAGUUUUAACGCUUAUUUUCUAACCAAGGUGUUGUCAUGUUCUGCCAAUGAUGACCUAUGGUCUACCUUUAACUGACUGGAGUCCUGACUCUGCAAACCAAAUCUGUAUGUCGAAUUAGGUUCUGCAAAUAAAUCCUCGUACUAGACUAUUUAAAGCAGAGGAUUUCUGUAUCUGCUGAGGUUACGAAAGUGUUGGCUCAAAGGCAACUUUAAAAUUAAGGUAACCAAGGGGGUUUGAUAAGGUGACUGCUUUGGUGUGUUUUACAGACACGGUAUGCCUUAGAAAUAUCUUUAGGCUAAAUCAGUUAAUGUUUUACUGACAGUAUGCAUGUAUUUUAUAAGACAUUGACACUUUUUUUUAUUUUUAAAAAAGAUGUUUCAGGAAGAACUGGGAUUGUUAGGAACAAAUAAUCAGUAUUUGUGUCUUGUGUGAAUUUAAAUUUAGCUGUGUGUUUACGAUCUGCAACUGUAAAAGCAUAGGAGGGUGGGAUUUGGUGGUACAGUAACGGGUUUGAUUAUUAAAAGCGUUUUGUGUGUACCUGCUGAA